CAAUCUAAAAGAACAUUGCAUAAUUCUAUUUCUGUUAAAUCUAAUAAGCUCUGAAAAAAAAUAAAGCCUUUUUAUAAUAGAAAAACCCUAAUUACAAUACCCCUUGUAUUUAUUUAGUGCGCUUGACAACCCUAACAAUUUUACUGGCACGAACGGUAUCACUAGAAAAGCCGCAGUUUUUCGUGUAAAUUUUGUUUUCUUAACAAUUACUUACAAAAUACAAUAAAAAUAUGGCUAAGCAUCAUCCUGAUUUGAUUUUCUGUCGUAAGCAGCCUGGCGUGGCCAUUGGACGCCUGUGCGAAAAGGACGAUGGAAAAUGCGUGAUCUGCGACUCAUAUGUGCGUCCUUGUACCCUGGUGCGAAUCUGCGACGAGUGUAACUAUGGAUCCUAUCAGGGAAGAUGCGUCAUCUGCGGAGGACCCGGUGUGUCCGAUGCUUACUACUGCAAAUCCUGCACCAUUCAAGAGAAGGAUCGUGAUGGCUGUCCGAAGAUCGUGAAUCUGGGCUGCUCCAAGACUGACUUGUUCUACGAACGCAAGAAAUACGGCUUCAAACAGAACUACUGAUGUUCUCUCCACUACCUCAUAUAUUGCUAAAGCAUUUUUAUUGUAGUUUAAUACAUAAAGAUAGAAGAUUUUGAUAAUA